AUGGAUGACGCUCCUUCUACGACCGAUAAUUCUGUGGCUAUGACUUCUAAUACGACUGUGAACGGCGCCAUCGCAACGUAUUCGAUUUCGAUCAAAAUUCCGCCAUUUUGGCCGUCCGACCCAGAACUUUUGUUUGCACAAGUAGAGGCCCAGUUCGCUGUUAAACAAAUAACCGUUCAGCAUACAAAAUAUUCUCAUGUCAUUGCUGCCUUAUCUCCAGAGGCAGCCACUGAAGUUCGCGAUCUUAUUUUAACUCCUCCAGAUGCGAAUCCAUACGACGUUCUCAAGGCUGCCCUCACCGAGCGGGUUUCACUCUCAAAGCGUCGUAAGCUACAUCAAGUUUUACAUGCUGAAGAGCUUGGAGACAGGAAACCAUCCCAGUUACUUUGCCAGCUACAACAGUUAUCCGGUAUCACCGACAGCGACCUUUUACGGGAAUUGUUUUUACAGAGACUUCCCAGUAAUGUCCAAGUCGGGUUGUUGUCUCAUCCUGGGAAGCCAUUAGCAGAGCUAGCGGUAAUAGCAGAUGGUAUGAUCCAGCUUGUAGAAUCUCAUCAAAGUAUCGCCCAAGUUGAAACUCCACCAACAGCUGAAAUUUCAUCGAUCCGAUCUGAAUAA